AUGGCACAAUUCAAUUAUAUGAAAGAUCUGAACAACUUCGUUACACUGGACGGAGAAAUCACUCGAGGACCCGCCCCGCGUUGGCAGAAAAAGUUGGAUCUCUCGUCGGCCUCCACCAGCUUCAACAGUAGUGCUCUGGCCAACACCUCCACCCGACAAAAGCUGACGAUAUCGUUCACCGGCAAUGGAAACAACAACCCAAACACCACACAGCCGUCCAGUUCCGGCCUGUCACUGAAAACUCCCCGCAAGCAGCCGAUCAGCAGUGCGUCGUCGGUGAAGAAAUCGGACAAAACUCCCGGCGGCACCGGCAAGAGUGUACCGCAACCGGGGGGCGAUCGGUUCAUACCGAACCGUGCUACGACCGACUUCGAUCUUGGCCACUACAUGGUGACACAGUCGGUAGCGGCGGCAGGGAACGGUAAAGAGGAUGCCGAAAAUGUGGAUGAAUUUGGCGAGGCUGGCCCAUCCUCCGGGUCCACAAACAGUCCAAAGCACGAGGAACGCGUGAAGCAUCUGUCCGAGGCACUGAAGGGCUGUGAUAUCACCAAACAGCGGCUAUUGUCGUACCAAACGAAGGCGCCCGCUCCGCCGGAAGGAUACGAGAACCAGCUGAAGGUGGUGUACUCGAUUAAGACGCCCAUGUCCACGAAAAGCGGUAGCCGCUACAUUCCCAAUGCGCCGGAGCGCAUUCUGGACGCACCGGAAAUUCUGAACGACUACUACCUGAACCUGAUGGACUGGAGCAACGACAAUGUGGUGGCAAUAGCGCUCGGGGCAUCGGUGUACCUGUGGAAUGCGGCCACCGGAACGAUCGAGAUGCUGCUGGAGAACGAGGGCAACGAUCACACGUGUUCGCUGAGCUGGAUACACGAGGGACACAUUUUGGCGGUCGGUACGAACUGCGGCACGGUGGAGCUAUGGGAUUGCGAGAACGCCAAGCGCUUGCGUGUGAUGAACGGCCAUUCCGCUCGGGUCGGCGUGCUGGCCUGGAACUCGUACGUUCUCUGUUCGGGCAGUCGGGACGGGACGAUCGUGAAUCAUGACGUGCGGACGCGCCAACACAACAUCGGCGUGCUGCAGGGACACACGCAAGAGGUCUGCGGUCUCAAGUGGUCGCCGGAUGGCAAGUAUCUGGCCAGCGGGGGCAAUGACAAUUUGGUGCACGUUUGGGGCACCGCCAAUGGAGCGCCGAACGCGCUCAGUGAGCCGGUGCAGGUUUUCAACCAACACCAAGCAGCCAUCCGUGCGCUGGCCUGGUGUCCAUGGCAACCGAACGUGCUCGCCAGUGGAGGCGGAACGGCCGAUCGGUGCAUCAAGUUUUGGAAUGUGGCCAGCGGCCAGUUGCUGAAUUCGGUCGACACAAAGUCGCAAGUUUGUGGCCUAAUGUUUUCGAAAACGUACAAGGAAAUCAUCUCGGCCCACGGAUACGUGAAUAACCAGCUGACCAUCUGGAAGUAUCCGUCAAUGACGAAGCAACUGGACCUGCUGGGCCACACAGGGCGGGUCCUGCAGCUCGCGAUGUCACCCGACGGUAGCAAGGUGAUGAGCGCCGGAGCCGACGAAACGCUGCGCCUCUGGAGCUGCUUCAUACCCGAUCCGUUGCUGGCGAAGAAAGAGAAACAGGGCGCCCGGGAGAAACCGAGCUUGCUGAAGCAGAGCAUACGGUAG